AUGGGUGAUUUUAACUCAAGAGUUGGCAAUUUGAAAGACUGGUUUGAAGCUGAUGAUUUUCAGUUACAAUUACAAAAAUGUGAGGAUUUUUUUAAGACAGCCAUAGAGACUAGAACCAUUAUCUUUGAUAACUUUAAGAUUCCUCUCCGUAGGGUAGUACAAGAUGUCCAUGUUAAUAACUUUGGAUACAAAAUGAUUGAUUUUUGUAAAAACAAUGACAUUUAUAUAGUAAAUGGCCGUGCUGGCAGUGAUAAAUACGUGGGAGGUUUAACUUGUAAGGGUAGUAGCACGGUGGAUUAUGUGGUUGCCACAGCACCUAUGUUUAAAUUUAUGUUUAAAUUUAUAAAAGAUUUUGAUAUCUCUGACUUCUGUAACUUGUAUUCGGAUGUGCACAAUCCAGUUUCAUUUUCUAUUUUACCAGCGCUUUCCACAAAACACAGGUGUGAAGAUAUUGUUGAAAAUCAGUCACGUGUAAAACUAUGGUCACAAGACCAAGCAAAACAUUUCCCAGAGAAUGUGGAUAUAUCUAAGGUUAAGGACAUAGAGAAUGAGUUAGAUAUUUUGACUAGUAGUACAGAAACAAGUAACAUUAGCAAAGACACUUUAAACGAUGUUACUAAUAAGUUAUGUGGUAUAUUUUUAAACACAGCUAAAUCAACAUUUGGGGUUAGUCGUAAUUUUAAGAAAGAUAAUUGUGAAAACAAACGCAAUAAACCCUGGUUCAAUAAAGAGUGUAAGACGGCGAGAAAGAAAUAUCAUUUGGCAAAGCGAUUAAAUAGUAAAAAUCCUUGUUUAGAAAAUAAAGCUAAUCUUCAAUUAGAAAGCAAAAAUUAUAAAAAGAUUAUGGAUUCGUGUAUAAAAGAUUAUAGGAAAGGCAUAACAAAAAACUUGAAAUCUUUACGAUCAACAAAUACUAGAGAAUAUUGGAAAAUUUUAAAUGGUCCUAAUGCGUUAAAUAAAUGUGCUGUAGAUAUUAAUGCUAUGUUUGAUUUUCUGAAGGGCAUCAAUGAAGGUCAUGACAAUGACAUAGAAGAUGUUGAUACUCUAAGUUCUCCAACAGAUAGCCGUGUAUGUGAUGAUUUUUUGAAUUUUGAGAUUAGUGAGGAAGAAAUUUUAUGUGCAGUUAAAAGAUUAAAAAAUAAUAAGGCCGCAGGCUAUGACCAGUUGCUAAACGAACAUAUUUCAUCAACAAUAGCUACGUUUUUGCCUGUAUAUAAAAAAAUGUUUAACUUGAUUUUUGAUAGUGGAAUAAUUCCAGACGAAUGGCUCACGGGUAUUGUCAAACCGAUUUUUAAAAAUAAAGGUGACCCAACAAAUCCAGAAAAUUAUCGUCCAAUAACACUUUUAAGUUGUCUUGGCAUUCGACACAGUGUGGAGAAAUGGGCUUUGGUACAAACUUUUGAAUAA